AUGUGGCCUCCGGGUGCCGGGACAUCAAUUCUUGCAUUGAUAUGCCUGUUCGCAGCGUGUUCAACGCAAGAAAUCGAUCCAGCAGUCGCAAAGUUCGCUGAACAACGUAGGUUUCUAAGGAAUUUUAAAAAUUUUAAAAUAUUUUUUUUUAUAAAUACAAUAAAUUUUUUUAAAAUACGCCGUAACGAGAGAAUUCUUUCCAUUUUUCAGAACAACUACUGCUAAAACAAUUCAAAGCUGACAAAAGCUUGAGGCCAGACGCUUUCCACGGGACACCUCCAAAUAAUACAGUCACGCGACGGAAACGCGAAAUCAAAGAGGAACAUCCAGAAGGCCCGGAACAUUGUCCUCCAGGCUAUACGGGGCAUCUCUGUGAAAGCCGUAAGUUUGGGGUACCGCAACAAAAAAGAUAGAUUUUGAAAUUUUUGGACAGUGCAGUUUCGACGCAAAAAUUGCAAUAAAAUAUUAGUCUGUCGGAAAAAUAAAGAGCGCAAUGAGCACUGUGCGGUCAAAGAAUAAAUUUAGAGUCGUACAGUGCAACAGCGACGGGAGAUUUUUUUAUUUGCACGGUGCAAUUUUCAACUUUAAUGAACUGUGCAGUAGAAUAAAAUUUUUAAUUGCACGGUGCUGUAAAAAACGCAAUAUUUUUUUUAUUUUCGUCGCACAGUACGAUGGCGACAAAUAAAAUUUUUCGUUUUGCACUGUGCAGAAAAUCACAAUUUAUUUUUGCACCGUGCAAUGACUGAUGGUAAGUGUUGUUGCACAGUGCAGAUGAAAAAAUGAAUUUUGAAUUUUUCACAGCGCAGUCAAAGACUCAAAUUUUGCGCUGCACUGUGCAGAAAAUCAAAAUUUAUCUUUGCACCGCGCGAUAAUGUUUCAAAAGUUUUGUUGCACAGUGCAGAUGAAAAAAUUUUUCGAAAUAACUGCACAAUGAGUUGCGAAAAAACUUCUUGAACUUGCACUGUGCAAAUGCAAGUGUGCAAAAUUUGGAUUUCGUUCGCACAGUGCACAGCAAAACUUGGAUUUUUUUUGCACAGUGCACAGCAAAAUUUGGAUUUUUUUCACACAGUGCAUUAAAAUCAGAAAUUCCCUAAAAAUUUCAGGCCCCAAAAAACUUCGUCGUAUUUUAAAAACUAUACUUUCAGCCAUCUGUUGGAAUCAGACCCGAUUGGAUCAUCACAGCGGAGACUUUCCCGGCGAAUUGAUCGAAUUGGACUUCUUUGACCAAUGCAUUGGUGGACUGGUGGUUCAUGUCGACCGACAUAUCAAGGACUUGGUUGUGGUCGUUACCACCGAACAAGCGGGUUAUCCAAGUGGAAAACUGUUCAAUGCUCAUGGUGAGUUUUGAGGGGAGAAAAGAGGGUUGAUUGGACAGGGCAGUCAAAAAAUUUGGAUUUUUAGCCGGUAUAAAGUGGUGUAGUGGAAAUUUAAGGGCUAAAAAAUAAUAUCAAUGGCCUGUCAUGUCUGAAAAAUACAAUUUAAAUUGCUUUUGUACAAAAUUAAAUUCUGCAAAGUGCUGAAAAAAACUGCUUUACAAAUUUUUAAUUGCUCAAAGUUGGGUGUUUAAAAUACGUCAUAUACGGCAUAGCCGUCAAAAAAGAAUUUAAUUUUUAACUAAAUGUGAUGUUACAGUAUCAUUUUUGGAAAAAAGAAAUAAAAAUUUGCACAGUUGAAAAAAAAAUAUAAAAAAAAAAGCAUAUUAAAAAUAAAAUACGAUGUAAAAAUUCAUGCAUUUUUUCUGAUAUUUUUCUGAUUCCAAAUUUUAUGCUACAGUGGCUUUUUUGAAACACUGAUUCUGCACAGUGCAGAGUAAGAAACGUGAAAAAUCUCUCAGAAUUUUUGUUUUUCUCUAAUUUUAACAUAUAAGUCAGAAAAAAAUAAAAAUGCCCAAAAAUUUUUUUAGGAAUAGUUUUCUCUAAAACUGUCAAAGUUUACCUCAAAAAAAUAUAAAAAUAAAAGAAAAAUAACGCAAAAAAUCUUUUUUACGAUUAUUUUCUCUAAAACACACUUUUUACUGCCCUUCUAUUUACAUUUUUUAGGCCGUCUACUCUUCCCCAACUUCGAAGAGAUUCACCCCCACCUUCGUCAGAUGCAUUACGAAAACGUGCAGGACGAAGGGACCGGGAAAUUCUAUUUCACCGCCGAUUCCGACGACAACGAGGACUGUGUGGUGGCGGUCCGCGCCCACACCGACCUCGUGCUGGAUGGUGGGUUUGUGGAGUCGCCGCACGACGACCGCGUCCAAGAGUUCGUCGGGGAAUACCACGAGCUGCAACGCGACCCCACCGAGUUUGUGCCCGGCUAUCUGGCGUUCAAGCCGUCGCGAUUGGAGUUCCCGGAGACCGUGACUACCGUGACGUUUUAUCGGAGUCAGCACGAACAACAAUACGCGCCGAUGUUGGUGGGAACAAGGUACAAUUGCAAUGCCAACGUGUUUGCCGGCCCAUAUGUGUGUCUGGAGUAUGGGAUUUACUUUGUGAAGAUACGAGGGACUGACCGAGGUGGCAAUGUUUGGCAAAGAGUCUAUCAGUUCGCAUGCAAUGCCAAUCCAGGCCCGGGCCCGGGCCCUGGCCCAACCCCCGAACCAACCCCGGCCCCCGAUCAUUGUCUGAAUGGAGGAACCUUCGUCAACAACGAAACACAUAGCUAUUGCUAUUGUGGACAUCAUUAUGAAGGUCGGAUUUGUGAAACUAAGGUGAGGAUUUUUAGAUUUUGAGUUUUUUUGAAAUUAAAAAAAAAUUUUAGGGAAAAUAAAAAUAAAAAUAAAAAAAUCGGAAAAAUUAUGAUUUUUUUGUGGAAAAAUUUUAGGGAAAAUAAAAAUAAAAAAAAUCGGAAAAAAUAAUGAUUUUUUUGUGGAAAAAGGUUGGAAAAAUAAAAACAAUAAAAUAAAAAUUUUAAAAAAUAAACAAAAAAUUAUUUAUUUCAGUUUGAGUCAAAAUCUCAUAAAAUUUUACAGAUUUUAAAAAUUUUUUAAAAAUUUGAAUUUUUUUUUUGUAAAAUACGAUCAUCUUCGGUAUUCAAUAAAUUUUAAAAAUUUUAGGAAUAAAAAAUCGAAAAGUUGAAGAUAUAUUUUUUUGAUUUUUUUGAUGUAUGAACAGUAAGAAAAGAUUUUUUUGGGAACUUUUGAUUUUUUUUUUGAAAUUUUAGAAAUAAAAAAUCAAAAAUUGCGAAACUUUUUUAAAAUUUCAAAAAAUAAAAAAAAUUUAAAAUGCUUUUUAUUUUUAUUCGGUCUUCAAAACAUCAAAAACAAAUUUUUUAGAGGUUUUCAAUCAAUUUCCCUAAAUUUUAAAAAUAAAAAAAAAUCAAAAAUUUCAAAAAAAAUUUUUUGAAAUUGCGAAAAAUAAAAAAAAUUGUAAAAUACGCUUGUUGGUUUUCCAUCAAUUUCUCUAAAUUUUAAAAAUAAAAAAAAAUCAAGAAUUUCAAAAAUUUUUUUUUUUGAAAUUGCAAAAAAUAAACAAAAAUUUAAAAUGCUUUUCAUUUUUAUUAGGUCUUUGAAACAGCAAAAAAAAUUUUUUAGAGGUUUCCAAUCAAUUUCUCUAAAUUUAAAAAAUAAAAAAAAAUCAAAAAUAAAAAAAAAUAUAUUUUUUUUGAAAUUGCGAAAAAUAAAAAAAAAAUGUAAAAUACGGUUGUUGUCACCAGUCGGAUGUUAAAAUUCCCAUAUUUUCAGCUUUGCGACCACGGCGGCCACAUCGGUUCCGACGGGAAGUGCGUCUGCUACGGUAGUUGGGACGGCGAAUUUUGCGAGCAUUUGACGUGCAAAGAGCGCAGCGGCCGAACCUUUGACACCACCGACGAAACGGCCUUGAAUUUCGUCAUCAGAUCGCAUGACGAUGGUGGGAUCCGAGAGCAGGUGAUCCAAUCGAUCGAUUUCAUCAUCAAUUCGUUCGAAGCGUUCAACGAAAAUGUGAUUCGAGCCUACACGGCGACGUUUAUUUUGGACGGGGGGACCAAAUUGUACUUUGAAAGCGAUGAUCCGGAUGUGUUUUUGAAGGAAAUCAACGAAGUUAAAUGGGAGAAGAGUGACAAGUGUACUGAUAAGGUAAGUGCAACUUUUUUUGAAUUUUACAAAAUUUUUUUUUAUUUUUUUUUUUUUUUUUGUAGAAAAAAGUUUUUAUGCACUGUGCAAUUUUUGGAGUCUGCACGGUGCAAAAAAUGUUAUGAAAAUUUUGCACAGUGCAAAAAAAUAUAUUUUUUUUGGAGAUCUGCACUGUGCGAAAAUUGCUUUUAGAAACACGCACUGUGCAAAAAAAAAUUUUUUUGGAAAUCUGCACUGUGCAAAAAAUUUUUUUUUCGAAAUCUGCACUGUGCAAAAAAAUUUUUUUUUGGAAUUCUGCACUGUGCAAAAAAAUAUUUAUUUUUUUGAAUCUGCACUGUGCGAAAAUUGCUUUUAGAAACACGGACUGUGCAAAAAAAUUUUUUUUUUGGAAAUCUGCACUGUGCAAAAAAUGACUUUAAAAAUUCGCACUGCGCGAAAAAAUAUCAUAUUUUUGAAGUCUGCACAGUGCCAUAAAAUAAUUUUGGAAAUUUGCACUGUGCAAAAAAUAACUUUUAAAAUUUUGCACGGUGCAAAUGUUUUUGAACUCAACACGCCCAAAAAACGACUUUAAAAAUUUUCACUGUGCGAAAAAAACUGUGUUUGAAGUCAGCACAGUGCAAAAAAACUAAUUUUAGGAGUUUGCACUGUGCAAAAAAAAGGAGUCUGACAAUUUGCACGGUGCGAAAAUAGCUUUUGAAAGCUGCACGUUGCAAAAAAGACUGUGAAAAAUCUGCACAGUGCAAAAAAAAUAUUUUUGUCUGCACAGUGCAGAAACACAUUUUUCGACUCUGCACAGUGCAAAAAAAAUAUUUUUAAAAAUUGCACAGUGCAAAAAAGUGGCUUUGAAAAUUUGCACCGUGCGAAAAAAAUAUUUUUGGAGUCUGCGCAGUGCAAAAAAAAUUUUUAGAAAUUUGAAAACACUGUUCAAAAAAAUAUUUUUUGCACCGCACAAACUUCAAAAAGUAAAAUUCAGUGUAUAGAAAAAAAUAAUUUCCUCAAACAUUGCAUUGUCCAUUCAAAAUCCCCAAAAAAUCUAAAAAUCGUUUUCUAUAAUAGAUUUUGCUCGGGAUCGACGAGACCCUCGAAAUCGGUGCUGCCAACUUCUACCGUAACUCGCCGAUCAUCGUCUUCACCGACGCAUUGCCCGACGACCCGCCCAGCACUCGUUUCGACAUUCUGCAGCGUCUCAACGAGCAGUCCAACCCGAUUUACAUCAUCGCGUACGGCGGUCUUGGGUUCAAGUGCAACCCGGACAUCCACACCGAGGCCUACGAGCAGUUCCGCGUCCUGGCGCAGUUCAGCGGCGGGCUGGUGGUGAAGGCGACCGAGACCGUGGACGAGCACCUCUCCUGGAUCAUCUGGCGCGUGGCGUACACGCUGUCGGUGGGUUUGUACAAUGAGCAUUUGCUGGCGGCCAACGAUCUGCUCGACUCUUGCCAGUACGCGCCGAAUGAACAGGUCUUCUUCGUGGAUGACUCCAUCGAAGAGCUGAUUGUGGCGUUCGUCGGAAGAGCGGAUUAUGAUGUGAAUGUGGUGAAUACGAUUGAGGAAGAGGUGGACGCUUUCUACAUCAUGAAGGGAGGAGACUUGACGAACAAGGUCUAUAGGAACCUCGAGUUCGGCAACUACAGAUUGGUCAUUAAAAAGGGCCAGAAUUCGAGUGAGAGUAAGUUGGAAGAUUUCACAAGGAAAGUACUUCCAUGGGGUAUGGAGUUACAAGUCGUGACAUAUAUCAAAAAAUCGCAAAAUUUUUCUGAUUCAGAAUAUGUAAAAAUUGGAUGCCCAAUUUUGGUUUGUAAGGGUGAAAAAAGCCCUCAGAACAAUAGGUGCACUUAUGGUAUCCCUGAUCACCGAAUGGACCUCAAAUCACCCCAAACGGUCCUCUUGGCCUUUACAACAGACACCAAAUCAUUUUUUGACCACAUUUUUACGGGAUCCAAAGUUUUUUUGAGCAAAAGUAAACCCUGGCAUCUUGACAAGCCUUAAAAUAUCAAAUUUGAUUAAUACUACACCUUAGUUCCAACAUAAAAAAGGGGCAUUUGCGUGGUGUUGCGAGAAAAGUUCUGAGGAUUUUUUCGCCCUUAUCAACCAAAAUUGGGCAGCUAAUUUCUACAUAUUCUGAAUCUGAAACGUUUGUGAUUUUUUGAUACAUGUCUCGACCUGUAACUCCAUACCCCAUAAAAGUUCUUUCUUUGUAAAAAAAAAUAUUUUUUUUAAUUUCAAAAAACCUUAAAAUACGAAACUCCCACCUGUCUUGUGACUAAAACAACCAAAAAAUUUCCAGCCGAGCUCCCCUGCCAUUACCGUGUCUAUGCCAAGUCCAAGUACGAGGUGUUCACGGGCGCUUCCAUCGACAUUGACCACGACCUGACGCUGGACCAGCCCCGCUACAACGAGGAGAUGCACAUUGUUGCGCGCGUCAACAACAUCGAGUUCCCGGACCCGGAGAACGUUUUCGCGGAGGCGUUGAUCUGGCACAACAGCAUCUUCCAGCACGACAAACGCGAGGUGUUGUACGCGUCGAACGGGGUGUAUCGGGACGGCUGCGACUACAACUUGUACUUUGGGACGUGGAAGUGCGAGCGGCCCAAUCAAUUCUUCUACGUCGAGGUGUACGUGGAGGAUGCGACAGGGCUGACCGUGAAGCGGACGUCGGUGGGGCAUUGCACAGUGCGCGACCCGAACCCGCCGGAUCAGGGCUGUCGGAAUGGAGGCGUCCGCUCGGGCGACCGUUGCCUCUGCGUGCCCGGCUACGAGGGCAAGAACUGCGAGAACAUUGUCUGCUACAACGAGGGACGCUCGCACAGCACGCAUUGCGAGUGCUACGCCCCGUGGAGUGGGCCGCAUUGCACCGAGCCCAAGUGCGGCUACAAAAACCAAUGGGUCGACUUCAGGCCCCGCGGCGUCGGGCUCAGCUUCGUCAUUCAGGGCUCGUCGGAUGUGCAGAGCACCCUGGUCGAGUUGAAUCGACUGGCGCCCGAGAUUGUCCGCGAUUUCAAGUUCAACGACCCCUACUGGAUCAGUCACUACAGUAUCCACAGUUUCGAUGACAAACAAGUCAAAUUGUACCUUCAAACCGACCAUCCCGACGAUUUAAUCCAUGGGUUUGAGGCCCUACAGCAAGACACACAGAACACAGAGUCCGUAUGCAAAGAUUUGCUGAUUUACGAAGCCAUUAUUGAGGCCUUGACGAGUAGUCGAGCCACCGCACAUGAAGUGGUGUAUUUGGUUGUUUCGGGUGGAAUCAAACUGAAUGAACACAAGGAAAAAGAGACUUUCCAACUGAUCGAUGCAUUGGGAGCCAAGGUGAGAAAUUUGAAGUGAAUGUUAUAUUUAAAAGGACAUUUUAUACAAUCAAACAUGCCUAGGAUAAAAAUUUGCAAUUUAAAAAACAACCCGCUAAAUAUCAAGCAAAUUAUAGCUGUAAAUUGUCAGUGAAGGCUUCAUAAGUUGUAUCCCAUAAUUUUAUGACAUCUUAUACGAUCAAACAUGUUUAAAUUUCAAAAAUAAAAAUUUUUGAAAUUUCUGUAAAGAAUUACAAAAUCGCUGGUCAGUUUAAGAAUAAAAAUUAUUUGGGGUCCACUAUGAAGCUUAGCACCAUUUUAUACGAUGAAACCUUCAGUUUUUCCACAAAAAAUUUUUUUUUAAUCUUAAAAAUUUAGUCAAAAAACAUCAAAAUUGAUGCUCAAUCAUUGCAAAAAUCCUAUUUUUCCUUAAAGUGACAUUUUAUACGCUAAAACAUGCUUUUCAAAUAAAAAAUCAACAAAAUUUUAUUAUCCAUGACACCACCCAAACUUUUCAGAUCAACAUCAUCCAAUACCCGAUCAACAAAUGCCGAAUUGAAAUCGAUCAAGAAGCCAGCACCGCCAUCAGCACGCUAGCCCAUUAUUCCGGCGGAUCUUUGUAUCAGACCAACCGCGGGACCGCUUUCAUCACUCUUCCCCUUCAAUACGACGAAGCGACCGUGUUCGACGAAAUCAGAGACAACUGCGAUAAGGAACAGACCUUCUACUUCCCGAUCUCCGGCAACGCCCAAACCGUGAGUAUCACGAGUUUGGGAGACCUGCGCAGGGGCUAUCCGAAGAUCAGUGCCGCCGAGAACACAUAUGUCGAUGCCAGAAAAGUUUAUGACAGUGCAAUGUCCAGAUUGAACAUUGUUUACAAAGGUAGGUGGGGCGAAAUUAAAUACACUGCCGGCAAUCACUUACAUAUUUCUGAAAGAUUAUAAUCAAAAAUCGAAAAUUUUGCACCUUAUUCAUCAUAGAUAACAUAAAAUGCUUAUUUUUUGGUGACAACCGGAAUAAACUAACUGGAAAAAAAUUUUAAAACUAUUAACAGUGUUGUAAAACCUCUAACGCGACUUUUAGAAGCAAAAUAUGAAGUUUUGGCGGGAUGCCAAAAUAUCAGGGUUUCGUGGUGGAACUUAAAAUUUGUGUAGCAAAAAUCUCAAAAAGACGUCUUAGAAGCAGUAAAAAUCUUUCAAAAGCUUUUUACAACAAAAUUUACAGAUAAACGCAACGCCAAGAAAAAACGUUUUCGUGGUGAGACUCAAAAACUUUUACAAAAUGGCAAACAAAGGGUAAUUUGAGACUGCUGAAGAAUUUGCUAAGCAAAUAAGUGAAAAAAGCAAAAAUUGAAGAGAAAAGUUAAUUGAAAUAAUCGAUACCUAAAAGUCAUGGUAAAAUACGUUCGUCUAAAAACAUAAAAGUGUAUUUCAGACUGUCCCGACGGAUGGCAGCCAUACGAACAGAAUUGUUACCUCCUGGAAGUCCGCGAAAUCCCAUGGGACGAUGCCAAAGCCACUUGUAUGAUGCAAGGAGGUCAUCUUCUUCACAUUGCCAACAAAGGACUGGACGACUUGAUGUCUCUGUACAUUGGAGGAACACCCACUUGGAUCGGGUUGAACGACCAAAACAGCCAUGACUGGGGAUGGGAUCAGGGCGCUCAUGAUGAUCUGCCGGUAAGUUUUGAUAGUAAAAACGGCUAAAGAGGAUUGGUGGAUUCAAUAAUGGUUUUGUAUCACUCUAGAUGCAAUGCGGCAGCUGUUUGAAGUAUUUUCAGCACUUGAAACAGAAUGCCAAAAUUGGCGGGAAAAAUUGAAAUUCGAGUUUCUUAUGUUUUCCGGGUAGUAAAAUUUGCUCGUGCACUUUUUUCAAUAUUUUAAGACAAGUUUCUAACAAAAGAAGUGCAAAAAAAAGCAAAAAAUUAUGAUUCUCUAUCAAAAGCAGCAUAGGUAAUAUAAUAAAUUGCUAAAAUUUGCUGAAAAAAGCGAACGCUACGAUCUAUGAGUUUCUGGGACUAUUUUACAUACAAAUUUUGAAGCUAUCUUAUGUAUUUUUAUCGCUUGAAACGGAAUGCCAAAGUUUGGCGGGAAUUUGAAAAUUUAAAAUUCCUUCGAAAUUUCGGCUGGAUUUUAAUUGUUUGAUGAUCUCGAAUGAUUAAUACUUGAUUAAAAAAAUUUUCAGCUCGGAAACGCCUUCAAACACUGGGCGGCGGGAGAGCCAAAGAGCGGCAAACACUGUGCAAUCUUGACGUCAGGUGGCUGGGUCAGCGAGGCCUGUAAUGCAACGAAGCCGUUCAUCUGUCAAAAGCAUGCUUGUAAGUUUUUUUCACAAAGAAAAAGAACCCUUUUUUUCAGACGACCUCGGCUACAAUCCCGGAGGGAAGGAGCACGGGCAUUUGGCGCGAGGAAUUUGGUCGGUCAAACUGCGCACCUACAACAAUGAAUUCACGACGUGUGGAAUCAGAGUCAACGUCCAAUCGGCCACUCAAGUCUUCCGCCAGUUCACCAAAAAAUUGGAUGACGAUUUUGGAAACGGCGCUUUGGUCUGGAAGAGCAGUAAGUUCGGGUAGAAUAAUAUAAAAAAUUGGUGAAAAAAGUGUCAACAUGACGGAUUUUUUGGAAUUUUUUUAAAAACAAGACAAAUUCUAGCGUAUUUUAGUAUCUAGCUAAUAAAAUUUUCAUUUUUUGAAUGUCAAUUACCUGUACCGUCGAAUGAAACAGAAUGCCAAAAAAUGGCGGAAAACCGAAAUUUUUGAAUUUUUGCGUGGUAGAGUGAAUCCGGAUUAUUAAAAAUUGUCUUGAAAGGCCUUUGAAGCCUGCUUUUAUAAUAUUGGCCCCAUUUUUGCCGAUGACAACGCUAGAAACAGAACGCCAAAGUGACGGAAAUUUUAAAUUUUUGAAUUGCUAGAUAGUAAGUAGACUAUAGUAUUAGAAAAAUGUCUUUUGAGUUGAAUUUAAAGCCUGGUUUUCAAUUACUGACCUCAUUUAGGCCAAGAACUGCGCUUGAAACAGAAUGCCAAAAUUUGGCGGGAAAUUCAUUUUUUGAAUUUUUAUGUCAAAAACUAAGCCUAGAUGGUAGAAAAACCCAUGAAUCAAAAUUUUGAAGCCGUUUUUUGGGAUUUUUAAUUAUCUUUUCACAGGGAAACACUUGAAACAGAAUGCCAAAAAUUGGCGGGAAUUUGAAUUCCUUUGAAACCCUCAAAAAUUUCAAUGCCUUUUUGUAGAGAACAACCGAAUCAUCGCUCACUUGGAAUCUCAUGUGAAUGGCCAUUCAUCCGAGGCACGGUUGGAAUACGCGCAUCUCUAUCCAUCCGAGACCGCCAAUCUUGGUGAUGUUGUUGUAAGUGAGAUUUUUCCGGGGUACAAAGCAAUCGAUUUACUUCAAAUUUUUUGUGUGCACGGUAUCUAGGCUGUAUAUCAAUGCUUGUAAAUUUAAGCGAAUUUUUUGAAGGCAGAGCAAAGAUAUUCAACGGUGUAUUUCAGACGAGGGACUACGGGAAAUGAAGAGACGGUCAGAGAAAAAACGAAUUUGCCGUAUCUUUUCGAAUUCUGGGGGAAAAAUUUAGAUUUUUUGUGGAAAUAAUGGGGUCGCCAGUACUAACAGAGUAGAAAAUUUUUUAGUUUACAAAUUCAAAAAAAAUUUUUCUUUUUUUUUGCAUUUUUUGGGUAAAAAAUCUCGAUUUUUCUAUGAAAAGAUCUCGAUUUUUCUAUAAAAAGUAAAAAAUUCGGAAAGGUUCUGAAAAAUCAUAAAUUAGAUCUUCACCAAGUUUGAGCAAAAAUAUUUUUCCAAAAUUUGAAAAUUAUUUUUCAGGCCUUCCACAAGCGCGACCAGUGCUCCUACGACUACAUUUCGAACCCCUUUACCGCCUCAAACCUCGGUUAUUACGUCGGAUUUACCGGAUUUGACGCCUACGGCUAUCCAUUCCAACGGGUUUUGCCCGCAGUCUCCGAGGAUUCGAUCCCAACUUGUAAGAACGGUGGGGUUUUGAGUAGACGCACCGAGGAAUGUGUUUGCCCUCCGGAGUUCCGGGGCCGCGAAUGCCAAAUCCCCAACUGUAAGUUUGGAUAUGCCGCGCCGAAUGGAGUCUCGUGCAAAUGCUUCCAUGAUUAUGAAGGCCCACUUUGUCAAUAUGGUGAGUUCGGGGUUACUGUAACGAAGAAAAAAGCUACUGUAACAGAAAAUGUUACAGUAAUUUUUCUGUUUUUGGGGCUAAAAUGCUUUCUAAUAAGUCCUUAGAGUCUCACGAUCAAUUCUACAGACUUGUUGCAGAAUGCCAAGAAUUUUAUGUUUUCGCUGCGGGACCCAAAAUUUCAGUGUCAAAACCGUGGAUUUCGUAAUUUGAGAAACGUAGAUGACUUCCUGAGGGUUUAAAAGAUUGUAACAAAUAAAAUUCAACAAAGAUUUUUAGCUAUCUGCCUGAGAAAUGACACCGAUCAUCCGCCACCUCCGAUGGACGUUUAUGGAAAGUCAUUCAUCAUCGUUUUGGAUGGUUCGAAUACUGCAAACAACGCUAAGGUCGCACAGAAGUGAGUUGGUUUAGUUUUGAAAACAACUGAGUCGUUAGGGAGUCGUUUAAAAGCUUGAAACAGAAUGCCAAAAAUGGCAGGAAUUUGAAUUUUGAUUUUUUUUUUUGCUAGAAUGGUUUAAACUUUGAUCAGAACAACAUUAUUCAUAAUUAGGGAGCCUUUCAGAAAGUUUUUGGAGCCUUAAAACAGAAUGCCAAAAAUGGCGGGAAAUUUUAAUUUUGAAUUUUUUUUUGGCUAGGAUAGUUCAAAUUACGAUCAGAACAAUAUUAUUCAUGAUUAGGAAGCCAGUAAAAAAUUUUUUCAAGCCAUAAAACGGAAUGCCAAAAAUGGCGGGAAAUUUGAAUUUUGAAUAAUCUUGCUUAAAAUUGGCACAGAUUUGAAAGGAAAAAAGUAAACCAAAGCUAUAAAACCUUUUUAGCUUCAACAAAAUCAUCGCUGAAAUUCUGGACCGCCUCGGGAACACCGAGCACCAGAUGUACCACAACUACAUCGGAAUCCUGGCCUACGAUAAGGCCCAAGGCGAAGUGGAGCCCGUCUCCAAAUUGGUCGUGGAAACGGACCGUUCAAAAUUCUUGAAUGAACUGCAGACCCUGAUCAACGACAAUUACCAGUCCCGGGGCCAGAAACGAGACUAUCUUUUCGCCUUGGCCAAGGUGAUCAGCAGCAAGGACGUGAUCCCCGGCUCGGCCGUCUACGUGAUUGGAGAUUCGGGAGUGGAGGAUGCGAAGACCUGGAAUGACCAAUUGUAUAAUCAUAUCGCAGAGAAACAUGUUACGGUGAGCGGAGGGGAUUGCACAGUGCGAAAAAAAUUUUUUUGGUUGCACAGUGCGGAAAGUUAUGCUUUUUUGAUUGCACUGUGCAAAAAAUUUACGGAAAAUUUCCUGCACAGUGCAAAAAUAACUGAAAGGGUAGACUGCACAGUGUGGAAAAAAAUUUUUUUUUUGGUUGCACAGUGCAAAAAUAGUUGAAUAUUUAGACUGCACUGUGCGGAAAAUGUUUCUUUUUUGACUGCACAGUGCAAAAAAAAUCACUAGAAAAUCGACUGCACAGUGCAAAAAGAAAAAUUUGUUUUGAUUGCACAGUGCGAAAAAUUUUACUUGUUUGAUUGCACUGUGCAAAAAAAAUCACUGGAAAAUCGACUGCACAGUGCAAAGAGAAAUUUUUUUUUUGAUUGCACAGUGCGAAAAAUUUUACUUUUUUUUACUGCACAGUGCAAAAAAAUCACUAGAAAAUCGACUGCACAGUGCAAAGAGAACAUUUUUUUGGAUUGCACUGUGCGGAAAAUUUUACUUUUUUUACUGCACAGUGCACAAAAAACCACUAGAAAAUCGACUGCACAGUGCAAAAAGAAAAUUUUUUUUGAUUGCACAGUGCGAAAAAUCUUACUUGUUUGAUUGCACAGUGCAAAAAAUGUAUGGAAAAUUGACGGCACAGUGCAAAAAUAACUGAAAAUUUAGACUGCACAGUGCAAACCAAACGACUGGAAGAAAUCAAAAAACCAUAAAUUUUUUAAAUUGUUAGGUCAAAAAUACUGAUAAAAAAUAUUUUCAGAUCCACACGAUCAUCCUGAACGACCAGGUUCCCCCUGGAAACGCCUCUAAUUACCGCGAUCCCUCAAUCCAGCAUCUUCUUGGCCUUCCCUUCGUCACCGAUGGCUUCAUUUAUCAAGUGGAUCCGGACCGUUUCAAAGACCUGUUCUACAUCCAGCUGGGCAGUAGGUUCCGUGGUUACAGUUUGACUCAUCAAAUGUAUCGCGAGUGCUCGGACAAGAUUGAGUAUUUCCAAACCGGCGGAGAUUACGGGCUGCUGGUUGUGGAUCUUUUCACCGCUCAUAUGGACCUGGAAUUCGAUGUCAUCGAUCCGAAUGGGAACUCAACCGACAAGGCGGAGCAUUUGUUCCUCACUGGCACCAAUGUUUUAUUCACUAUUGAGGUGGGUUUUGGGGCAAAAAAAUUUUUUUUUCUGGGAUGGAUAAUAUUAGGUUGGACGGAAAGUUCGUACGAUUUUUUACCCAAAUUUCAAUUUAAUUUUUUUCGCGCCAAGACCGAUUGCCCACCGUAAAUACCUAGCAUAUACAAGAGUACAGUGUGAAGAUUUAUAUGCUACGUGCCAAUCGUUAGCUCCGCCAAAACGAGCUUAAUUAUAAGAGGUUUUCCGCUUUGCGGCUAUUUCGGGUAGGGUCCAGAACGCAAACUCUAGUUUCCAGAUCGCUUUCGAUGAAGCUCUGAAACUUUUUAGACAAUGUCCAGUGGUCUUUCUGACUACGUUAAACACAAUUAGAAAUCAUAAAAAAGCGUGUCGGAUAAAAUAAUAGCAACACUUUCAACCAAGUCUUCAGCAAAGGCCCCCUAUGAAAACUUUUUCUUAUUAUUCCGCGUAUUUCUUAUUGUCUGUCUCUGUAAUAGGGUGCAGUAAGGCACAUAGAGAGCCCUUUACGUGCAACAUGAGUAAACCGGAUCACAGAUGCCUCGGGUUAUCCGCAAAGAGACAAAAUUGCCAAAAAUUAUAGCUGUAGAGCAAUGCGCGUAAUUUUGUGACAGUCAACAAUGGUAGCCCAUUGUUUCACGAGGUAGUAGAGCAAUAAAGCGGCUCUAUUUUGCACCCAAGAAAGGGAGGAGUGGAAAGAUGUUAUGAGCUCUUUUUAGAAUUGUACGGGAUGAUCCAACAGUUCACCAACGAUUUUUUGAGAAAAGUAAUUUAGUUCUAUUAUGUCGUACGGCAAAACAGUUGGCUAUUGAGGGGUAGCUGAGUGUAAGGGAUUGUCCUUAGUUUCUGCAUAUCAUAGUUUUACACAUAGAAAUGCACCGGCAAAGCGGCGGUUGCAGUUAUAUUCAAACUUGGGUUGGUCCUGCAAAAGUCAAAUUUUAUGGCUAUGUUUUGAUUUAGUCCCCGGCGACUUUACGCAUAUUAAGAGCUACAGAAGAAGGCUUUUUAGCAGUGCCAAAACAAUUUCCUGGUAGGCCUUAUUAAACAAACCAGCCAAGGAUUUGUAAUUUUGGACCAAAGAUGGGUAAAUGUCUAAAUUAAGUUCUCAGUUCGUAAAUGCUUAAGAUGGCUGAAGGUUGUACUGCUAGAUAGGGAUGCCUGUCCCCUACCGACACCAUAUAUUUGUGUUUGUCUUUUUCCAUCAGCGCAAGAAAAAAUAGCAGCAGUAAAAAAUCGUACAAACUUUCCGUCCAACCUAAUAUAAUCAAAAAUUUUUUAUUUCUCGGAAAUUUAUGCAGUUUAUAGUCUCAAACUGUUAGAAAUGGCUUAAAAGAGAGUUUUUUACAGAUUGAAGCUUCUCAUAACAAGGGCCGGACAUUUCGAAAAAACGACCAACUUAGAAUCUUUCGAUAUUUUGCAUAGUUGUUGUACUAUGAUAGCUGAACGUCAGUACGAAUUUUUAGUUUCUGAAAUUACCGUAUACGGGGGUUACGGUAGGUACAAUUUUUAGAAAGAUUGGGUUCGUGUGUAAAAACCCCGAGGAGUAAAAGCACAAAACCUCGCUGUUUUACGUUUUUGACCAUGGGGAACAUUUUCAUAAUUGACAACUUUACCGUAGGAUGUUGCCUUCGACUACAUUGAAAAAUACCAAGGUACCAUAUUGAAUGUAACUUUUUUGCAGAGAACUUGUCUCAACUUUUGAAACCUCUCAAAAAUACCUUGACAUAGGUGUAACAACAUAUCAAAAAUGCGCGAAAAUAAAAGGGGUGGUUUUGGAGUUACGGUACUUUGAAGGCAGCCGGUACCGUAUAUCAAAAAAUAAUUUUUUUCAAAAUCGGUGUAGAAGAGCAGCAAAUCAUGCCAAAAUACGUUUUCGACCAUGGAGAACUUUUUUGUAAUUAACACUUUUUCUGUAGGAUGUCAUCUUCGACUACUUGGAAAAUGACCAAGGUACCAUGGUCAAUAUAACUUUUCGGCAUUCUACUUGUCUCAACUUUUGAAACCUCUCAAAAAUACUUUGACAUGUAUGUAACAACAUAUCAAAAAUUUAGAAAAAUAAAAGGGGUGGUUUUGGAGUUAUGGCACUUUGAAUGUGGCCGGUACCGUACAUCAAAAUUUCCUUUUUUCUAAACUUGACGUAGAAAACCCGCAAACCUUGCCAAAAUACGUUUUCGACCCUCGCGAACAUUUUUGUAAUCGACACUUUUUUUGUAGGAUGCAGUCUUCAACCGGUAUGAGAAAUAUCAAGAUACCAUGUUCAAUAUAACUUUUCGGCAUUUUACUUGUCUCAACUUCUGAAACCUUUCAAAGACACCUUGACAUAUGUGUAACAACAUAUCAAAAAUUUAGAAAAAUAAAAAGGGUGGUUUUGGAGUUAUGGUACUUUUAAUCUUGAUCAUACAGUACACCAAACUUUUGUUGUGCUGCUGACAUCCGAAUUUGGAAGAUUCCACCGUCGUAUGACAUACACGAGUCUAAACCGUGGUAAUCGUUGCAAAAAAAUAAGAAAUCGCUGAUCUUGCUGUUACAGUAACCAAUUAUAUGCGCACGAUAUGUUACAGUACGCUUAAGCCUAAUUUUUCUGAAUUUCCUAGUGAAAAUAGUUUCUGAGGGUCGUGCAACAUACAUGUACAUAAAACAUUACAUCUUGUUUUUAAAAUAAUCUGCGUAAAGUUUAGCCGAGAAUAAAUCUAGGUGUAUGUCCAACAUUCAAAGUGCCAUAACUCCAAAACCACCCCUUUUAUUUUUCUAAAUUUUUGAUAUGUUGUUACACAUAUAUCAAGGUGUCUUUGAAAGGUUUCAAAAGUUGAGACAAGUAAAAUGCCGAAAAGUUAUAUUGAACAUGGUACCUUGGUCAUUUUCCAAGUAGUCGAAGAUGACAUCCUACAGAAAAAGUGUUAAUUACAAAAAUGUUCUCCAUGGUCGAAAACGUAUUUUGGCAUGAUUUGCUGCUCUUCUACACCGAUUUUGAAAAAAAUUAUUUUUUGAUAUACGGUAACGGCUGCCUUCAAAGUACCGUAACUCCAAAACCACCCCUUUUAUUUUCGCGUAUUUUUGAUAUGUUGUUACAUACAUGUCAAAGUAUUUUUGAGAGGUUUCAAAAGUUGAGACAAGUAGAAUGCCGAAGAGUUACAUUACACAUGGUAUCUGGGUCAUUUUCGAAGUAGGCGAAGACUACAUCCUACAAAAAAAGUGUCAAUUACAAAAAUGUUCGCCCUGGUCGAAAACGUAUUUUGGCAAUUUUUGCGGGCCUUCUACACCGAUUUUGGAAAAAAUUAUUUUUUGAUAUACGGUACCGGCUGCCUUCAAAGUACCGUAACUCCAAAACCACCCCUUUUAUUUUCGCGCAUUUUUGAUAUGUUGUUACACCUAUGUCAAAGUAUUUUUGAGAGGUUUCAAAAGUUGAGACAAGUUCUCUGCAAAAAAGUUACAUUCAAUAUGGUACCUUGGUAUUUUUCAAUGUAGUCGAAGGCAACAUCCUACGGUAAAGUUGUCAAUUAUGAAAAUGUUCCCCAUGGUCAAAAACGUAAAACAGCGAGGUUUUGUGCUUUUACUCCUCGGGGUUUUUACACACGGACCCAAUCUUUGUGAAAAUUGUACCUACCGUAACCCCCGUAUACGGUAAUUUCAGAUACUAAAAAUUCGCGCUGACGUUCAGCUAUCAUAGUACAACAACUAUGCAAAAUAUCAAACGAUUCUGAGUUGGUCGUUUUUUCGAAAUGUCCGGGCCAUCCUUCGAGUUGUAAAAAACUCUCUUUUAAAACACACCAAAAUGAAUUUUUGAAAAGUUUCAGCCAAAUCGGUAUAUUACACUUGGGUUACUGUAACAUAAAAAACAUGUCGCAGUACCCUGGAAAAAGUGUGAAAGGCUCUCAUAGGGUCUUAAAAUUAAGUGUCAGUAAAGAAAAGGCCAUUUUUAACAAAAAUUUUGGUUUUUUCGAAAAAUUUUUGCGAGAUUUUUCAAAAUUAAAAGCGCAAUUUCUCCUGUACUUUUGCAGAUUAGCCUCUAAAACUUUCUGAAUCUCCUUAGAACACUCCAAAAUUAAUUUUUGGAAAGUUUCAGCCAAAUCGGUAUAUUACACUUGGGUUACAGUAACAUAAAAAAAUGUCAUAGAGCCCGGAAAAAGAGUGAAAACACCCUCAAAAGGUCUAGAAACCAACUGUCAAUCAAAAAAAGGCCAUAUUCGAAGAAAUUUUUUACUUUUUCGACAAAUUUUUUGAGAUUUUUCAAAAUUAAAAUCUCAAUUUCUCCCGUAUUUUUGCAGAUUAGCCUCUAAAACUUUCUGAAUCUCCUUAGAACACUAUGAAAUUCAUUUUGGCCAAUUAUUAGCCAAAUCGGUAUAUUACACUUGGGUUACUGUAACAUGACCAACGAGUCAAAAGAACCGAAAAAAUAGUAAAAACACUUUCUCCAAGGCUCAAAUAUGGUCCCUGUGUCUUUUUUAGACUCGAAAUUUUUUUACGUCAUCAAAAAAUCCCAUUUUCAGACCAAUAUCCCCGGAAUUUGGACCAUCCAAAUCCAUCACAAAAACAAGCCCUCAGCGUGCUUUGUUUCGGUCAGAGAAGUUGCCAACACUGCUCCAGCUAUUGGGUUCAAUACUGAUAUUCGAGGGGAUAAUGGUUUACAUUCCAGAAGUGCUCAAUACUACCCUCAAGAUGGAUGUAAGUUAAAAAUAAUCUAUGAAAAAAUGGUGAAAAAGUAAUGUAAGGGUACCACAAAACAUUUUUUUGCUUAUUUUUUGUCCAAAAAUUUCAAAUUCAAUUCAAAAAUUUUUUUAAACAAACAAUUUCCCGCCAAAAUCUUCCAUUUCGGGGUGUGCAGCUUUGUCCGAGUGGUUAAGGAGUCAGACUCGAAAUCUGAUGGGCUUUGCCCGCGCAGGUUCGAAUCCUGCAGGCUGCGAAUUUCAUUUUUUAUGAUUUUCAAACAUUCUUCGUACUCAAACUGUUAGCUAGAUAUAAUUUUUAGCCGUUUUAAGUGAUUAGAUUAUCAUAAAAUUCUUAUUUGAUCUAAAAUACCCCGAUUUUUUUAGUGAAUGCAAUUAUUGCCAAUUCGGACACGGAUCAUCUGACUUAUGCUCAAGUCUACACUCAUGACGCCCACACCUUGGCAUUUGCUUCUCCGUUGGUCCGAAGACACGACUGCGCGUGGAAUUACAUCAGUUCUGAGUAUGUUAUACUAGGCCACCUGAUAUAAUUUCUCAAUUUUUUGGGGUUUUCUCGCUCUAAUAAUGUAGAAUUCAGUCUGAAAUAACUUCUAAAUGCCAUAAUAUUUUUUUCAGACCCUUCAAAUGCCCCGCUUCCACCUUCACCGUCGCUGUUGUGGGCUAUGACAGAGGUGGACAUCCAUACAGAAGAACCUACAAAACUCAUUGUGUUGGCUAUAAAGGUAACAUACAAAAGCUUAGCACUAAAUUUAUGACAUUUCAGGACCGCGCACUCCAACUCUGACCGCGUUUUCGGACGAAGGAACUUCCCUCGACUUUCCAAUCGGUCUAGCCCAGUUUUAG